GCUUUUCGUGAAAAGAUGUCCGACAUGAUCAUUUUACAGUGUUGAAGGUCGACAAAAAUCCGGCCAAUCAGGAGUCGAGGAAUGAGUAACUUGUGCGUUUGGUAAGCAUGAACGCAGUGCCUUGGAACGACUCUCACGGCAUGCUUUCCAACGGACAGCAGCAAGACGUACAUGGCGUCAGACACUCGAGCCUUCGUUCGCAGGACGAUGCUAUGGUCGGCUAUUUCUUUCAGAGGCCACAAUCUGACAGUGACCUACAGACUCAGUACACCAAAAAGUGGGCUGUUGGUGACGACAGUGUGCUAGAACAAUUACGUGCGUCAGACGUGCAUGUAUCUGAAUUGGACAGUAACUUUCAAGCACUAGCACUAGAGAGAGGAAACCAUCAGCUGCAUGCACUAGAUGUUGGCCAACAGGUGAGUACUGUACCCAGUCUUCGAAUUUAGCCGGGCGUCCGACGCCCGAGACGUGUAGAAAUC